AUGCACCUGGGUAGCGAAGUAUCUUCAACUACUGGUCAUUACGACCGUACUUACUGCAAUCUAACUGCCGAGAUGUUGGCGGAAAGGACCAUAGACGGGCUCCUUGCUGAGCAUCCUGGAGAACUGGUCAGGACUGGAUCGCCUCACGUCGUUUGUACCGUCUUGCCUCCGCAUUGGAGGUCGAACAAGACACUUCCGGUAGCAUUUAAGGUGGUAGCACUGGGUGAUGUUGGGGACGGGACCGUAGUGACAGUUAAAGCCGGUAACGAUGAAAAUUUUUGUGCGGAGUUAAGAAACUGUACUGCCGUCAUGAAGAAUCAAGUGGCGAAGUUCAACGAUCUUAGGUUCGUUGGGAGGAGUGGCAGAGGGAAAGGUGAAAAAACUAGAUUGUAG